UAUAUAUAAGCUCCCACUCCCACGCGCCCCUCUCUCUAAACCCUACCCGCGCCGCCGCCGCCGCUUCCGCCGCCUCGCAUCGCCAGCCGCAGCCGCCGCCGCUCCCCGCGAGCUCCGACCAACUCCAACCAUGGCGGACGUCGAUGUCGAGCCCGAGGUCGCCGCCGGCGCGCCCAAGAAGAGGACGUUCCGCAAGUACAGCUACCGCGGCGUCGACCUCGACUCGCUGCUCGACAUGUCCACCGACGACCUCGUUCAGCUCUUCCCCGCGCGGGCCAGGAGAAGGUUCCAGAGGGGUCUGAAGAGGAAGCCCAUGGCGCUCAUCAAGAAGCUGCGCAAGGCGAAAAAGGAUGCUCCUGCCGGUGAGAAGCCAGAGCCAGUGAGGACCCAUCUCCGCAACAUGAUCAUUGUCCCUGAGAUGAUUGGAAGCAUCAUUGGUGUCUACAAUGGCAAGACCUUCAACCAGGUUGAGAUCAAGCCCGAGAUGAUUGGCCACUACCUUGCUGAGUUCUCCAUCUCUUACAAGCCGGUCAAGCAUGGUAGGCCCGGUAUUGGUGCCACCCACUCCUCGCGGUUCAUUCCGCUGAAAUGAGUUGUUACCGAGCUCUGUAGUCUCCCAAAGAUUACAGCAUGGAAGGCGCAUGGUAUGUGUCCUUUCAGCUGCGCUGCAUGUUUUGAACAAGUUGCACAACCAAGACAUUUUGCACUGUUUCCGCUCUAGAAUCCUAGCUAAGUACUCUGAGCAAUCGUGCUGUUUUGUUGGAUGUCAGUUAAAUCUUAUCUAUACUAUGAUGGUUACCUUCCACCAGCGUUGUGGUUGCUUCGUUGUUCGUAUACAUCGUUUGUUUGUUGAUUGGCGAAGCUUUGGUCUUCCUCAUGUUGAUUCCUGUCUCAGGCUUAUGAACA